CCACCACAACAAGGACAACGAUAUUCUGAAAAAAAGAGUGAGAGAAUUUCUGACAUCUUUUUUCAGAGUGGCAAUUAGUUUUCUGUGAGAAAAAUUAUUUUUUUUGUAUUAAAAAAUAAUGGCAGCCCGAAAAACAAUUAAUGCCAUUAAUUGGGGAGCAAUUGCUGAACGUUUAGCAGAAGCUGAUAAACCAAUUUUUGCAAGUUUCAGAUCAAAAUCAGACUUGUAUCUCAGACGUAUGCAACAAUAUCCAGAAAAUGUACCAAAAAUUGAUUGGGCACUUUACAAAAAGCAAGUUCCAGUUGCUGGAAUGGUAGAUAAUUUUCAAAAAGAAUAUGAAUCUUUGAAGGUUAAUUAUCCAGCUGAUAAAUACACUUCAAUUGUUGAAGAGCAAGAAAAAGAUGCUGCAUCACACGUUGCAAAAUUCAUGAAAGAAUCACAAGAACGUAUUGCUAACUUCCAAUCUGAAAUAACAAGAAUUUCAAGUUUGAUGCCAUUUGAUCAAAUGACAAUGGAAGAUUUUGCUGAAGCAUAUCCAGAUGAAGCAUGGAAUCCAGAUAAACCAACAAUCUGGCCACAUAUUCCAGAAUAUCAACCUGGUGAUGAACCAGAACCAAUUCCAGCACCAGAUCAUUAAUUCAUUAUUAUUUGUUUAAAAAUUAUCUUUGUAGUUCAAUGUAAAACAAGGAACAUAAAAAAAAAAAAAAGUCUCAAU